GAAGAAGAUUCAUCCUGUUCUGCCUCUCCAUCCAGACAGCUUAGUCUCCCACCAAAGUCAAAACAUCCUGCCACUGAGGUCACCGUGUCCCUCAUUUUCUCAACCAAAAAAUUGGGAUGUUGUUACCAGGAAAGAUAGGGGUAGGGAUGAGGAGAAUACCAGCACAGAGGCAGGCAUUCUCUCAGAGCUUCAGUAUCUCUGACAUUGGGUAAUAGCACUCUUUAGUCCCUACUGCUGCCCUCCCACAGGCGCAGUGUCCUGCUCUGCCAUGUGCCAUGUGCAUGUACUAAAAGGAUGCCACAUAGGGUUCUCUUAUAGGGUUCUCUUAUCCUGCUUGAGAAGGAACUGAGAACACAGGUAUGAAGAUGUGCAUUUAUACCAGGAAGACUCUGCCCAUAAUCACUUUCUCCGUCUCCACAGAAUCUGUUUAAAUUCAGUUUACAAGAAGACGCCAAAGAGAGCCUUCCCUUUCUGCCACCUGUGAUUGAUGGGGUGGUGCUGCCAAAGGCACCAGAAGAGAUCCUGGCAGAGAAAAGCUUCAACACUGUGCCCUACAUGGUGGGCAUCAACAAGCAAGAGUUUGGCUGGAUUCUGCCGACAAUGAUGGGAAUUCCACUAAAUGAUGAAACACUGGACAAGAAGAUGGCCAUCAAAAUUCUGCAGAAAUUGUCUUCCAUUACUGGCAUACAAGAAGAUUUAAUCCCAGCUGUCAUUGAGAAAUAUAUAGGAGAUAGCAAUGACCCUGUCAAGAUCAGAAAGGGAAUCGUGGAGGUGUUUGGGGAUACGUUAUUUGGUAUCCCAUCAGUGAUUGUGUCCCGUGGCCACAGAGAUGCUGGAGCUCCAACCUAUAUGUAUGAGUUUCAGUACUACCCAAGCUUCUCAUCACACUUAAGACCAAAGAAUGUAGUCGGAGACCAUGGAGAUGAAAUCUAUUCUGUCUUUGGCGCCCCAAUUUUAAGAGAAGGUGCCUCUGAAGAGGAGAUCAAACUCAGCAAGAUGGUGAUGAAAUUCUGGGCCAACUUUGCUCGGAAUGGGAAUCCCAAUGGGAAGGGGCUGCCCCAUUGGCCAGAGUAUGACCAGAAAGAAGGUUAUCUGCAGAUUGGUGCCACCACACAGCAAGCCCAGAGACUGAAAGGGGAGCAAGUGGCUUUCUGGACUGAGCUUCUGGUCAACAAACAACCCAAGCCAGAGCACAGUGAGCUUUAAAUACAAAGCUUGCCAGCUUCAGACCAGAGGAGCCAUGGUACAGUUCUUCCACUUAAGGCAUUUGUAAAUCAAAGAUGGAUCUUGGAGGAUCCUGAAGAACUCUGUCAUAGAGGCAGGCAGAGGCCAGGGAAGGGAAAUCUUUGUACUUGUGGCCUCAAUUUGGAGAAUAAAUGUUCUUUAUUAUCGUCAAA